AUGAUUUCCAGCGUUAUUGUUGUUAUUGGGAGUGGCGGCAUGGGGCUUCCCAUCGCACGAAGGCUUGGCCUUGGAAGACAAGUUCUCCUGGGAGACUACUCCGCCGCCAAUCUCUCCACUGCGGAAAAAGUCUUGACUGGCGAGGGAUACUCGGUUACGACACUGCAAGUAGACAUAUCCGACUUCGACAGCGUUGAUAAACUCGCCAAAAAGGCCGCAGCAGUGGGAUCAAUCGAGGCCAUUGUUCAUACUGCCGGGGUUGGGCCCUCAGUCGGCUCUGCUCGCCGCGUUUACGAAAUCGACCUUGUUGGCACGGCCAACGUAAUCGACGCUUUCCUUCCUGUCGCGGGACCUGGGACGAGUCUCGUUUGCAUCUCCAGCAUGGCGGGCUAUCUCUGCCCACCGUUGGAGCCCGAACUGGAAAAACACCUCGCUACAGCCUCACGGGAUCAAUUAUUGAGCCACCCGGGUCUCAAUGUUGAUAGCUCCGAUGCACGUGCAGCAGGAAUGGCCUACGCAUUCUCUAAACGCGGCAAUCUGCUUCGUGUGCAAUCCAUGGCCAAGGCAUGGGGCGCCAGAGGAGCUAGAAUCAAUUCGGUGAGCCCUGGUGUAAUUUCCACAGAGCUUGGUCGCCAGGAAGCGAUGACCGGUCCGGCUGCAAAGUUUGUUGAAACAUCCCCUGCAGGCAGGGUGGGCACACCAGAAGACAUCACCAACGUGGUUGCAUUCCUGACCAACCCGUCGUCUUGUUUCAUUACAGGAACCGAUAUUUUGGUGGAUGGAGGUGUUGUUUCCAGUCAACGGUGGAACAAGGCGUAG